AGUCGGACGUGUAAGUCACUUAAGCAAAGGUAACGAUCUCUACAGGAAGGAAACCGCGGCGGAGCAACGCUGUUGCUAGGAAAUGAUUAAAGGUGGCCAAAAGCUGCGGGCACAGUGGAUUACGUUUGCGGGAUCUCACUCGGAGCGAUGCCACGCUAUAUCUGCGCCGCAUCCUCACCCUCAGUGGACUGACCCCAGCCUUACCACCCACCUUCUUGAUGUGAUGUGUUGAAGUCCCUGCCAGGAGGAUGAGAGAUGGCAACUGAUGGCCUCCAAUGGAGCUGAAGACUUCCACGCACAGGCCUUUGGUCCUGGCCUGGCAGCUCGUCUGUUAGCCGGCUCUGGCUCCCCCACAAGCCUGACGAGAACGGUGUCCUACACCCAGAGCCCCCGGGACCAUGUAGACCAGCUGCACGCGAGGGUAGCACAGAACCGGCAAAACUCUGUCUCAGGGACCCUCGCACAUCGUGCCUGCCUUCCUCUGUCCUCAGCCAGCCCCAAAACGGCCAGAGGUAAAGAGGGUUUAAAUUCCAACGCAAGCAGUAGCAAUGGCCGUGUCUCCGGUGUAGCGCCCCAUGCCUCUCCGAGUUCCAGUGUUUCGUUCACCAGUUCCAAGAAUUCCAUCUGGCAGUCAGCCUCCAAAAACAGCUGCCGGUCCUCCGCCCGCUUUGACUCUCUCCAGCUUCGGCCGGGGCUGUUGAGCAAGAGGACGCUUGCGUCCCAUCGAGCCAUCUAUCCGACAUGUCAGUCCCUGCCAAAGGCCACUUCCAGAAAAUCUUCAGUAGUUAUUGAGGGUACUCUGCCCACUGACCGGUCGUUACCAUGGAGCUGCACCAAGCUUGGGGCCAGCCGCCGGAGAAGUGGCGGGGCCACACCGCGGACCACCGCCAGUCUGACCUCACAAUCUGGGCAGGAGCCCAGUGAACCCAGGUCUUCCUUCAACCCCUCCCAGGUUGCCUUGCGUUGCUACACAGACGACAAAGGGGCGAGACAAAUAGAGAGGGUACUAGCACACCCUGCCGUGCCUUCGCAGAGCAGAUGUCAAGAUUCGACGCAGGAGCACAGCAGCGGGGAUAAGGAACUGCAGAAGCUGGGCGGUAUGGUGAGGGCAGACGCGGGUCUGGAGGAACAUCCGUUGCAAUGCCAUGGAACUUACGAAGGUGCGAAAGGACAGGUCGGGGCGGCUUUGGAGAGGCUGGGUGAGAGCGGUUCCCUCCUGAGAAACGGGGCUGCUAAUGGGUUGGCCAUGCCACCAGGGUCUGACACGGACCCUCCCUGCAUCGUGGAAGCUGUGAACACCGACUCAGGUCCUCGGUCCUCUGCCAACCACGUCCCUCCGGCCAAAUCCGCACCGCUCUGCCUUGCCGGCGGGGACGAGACGACCUGCUGUGUUCCCGACGAAGUCUGUGAUGCCCCCGGCGAUUCGGUCCGCAAAGGAGCCUGCCUGAAACCCCUCUCCGUUUACUCGCUGACCAACCAGAUAUCCGCCAUGCACCUCACCAAAGAGAGCCGCCCUCUCCCCCAGCUGAGUGAGCUGAGCUAUUCCCUGCCUCCGCUGGAGGACCACAGUGCCAUGGGCCUCCGGCUCCUGAAUGAGGAGACCCUUUCAAUGUCACUGGAUGAAGUUGAAGUUGAAGUUGAAGAGGAAGAGGAAGAGGAACUGGCAGACGAGAUGGAGGGCCACUGCAGUGGAGAUGACAAUGAUGGAUUUGAUUGCUCCUCUGUCGACAAUUUCUCCUCUGCAACUUCCACUGGAGUUUCAUCAAAUAUCGAGGACCCGGAUACCCCCGUCCUGGAGGAAGAUGUGGUCCUAAAGCCAGCCUUGGUGCCAAGCCUGUUCCCCCACACACCCCCAACACUGUACUUCGGCACCGCCAAAGAGAGAGUGGAGAUGUUGCCAGAUGAGCAGAGGAAGUUGCUAAAGUGGAAGAUGAGCUCCGUCACCCCUAACGUGGUCAAGCACACGGUCGCCAGGUCGCAUUUCAAAGCCACCAAGAGAAGCCAUGAAUGGCUGGGCUGCUGGGGCCACCACAUGAAGUCACCCGGCUUCCGAUCCAUUCGGGAAUACCAGAAAUUGAACCACUUCCCAGGCUCCUUCCAGAUCGGCCGGAAGGACCGGCUCUGGCGCAACCUGUCCAAGAUGCAGGUGCACUUUGGCAAGCAGGAGUUUGGCUUCUUCCCACGAUCCUUUGUGCUGCCACAGGACAUGAAGCUCCUGAGGAAGGCCUGGGACAGCACGGGCACGCGGCAGAAGUGGAUCAUCAAACCGCCAGCUUCCGCACGAGGGAUCGGGAUCCAGGUGAUUCACAAGUGGAGCCAGCUUCCCAACAGAAGACCCCUCCUGGUUCAGAAAUACCUCCACAAGCCCUACCUCAUCAGCGGGAACAAGUUUGACCUGCGUAUCUACGUGUAUGUGACCUGCUACGACCCGCUCCGGGUCUACAUCUUCACCGACGGGCUCGUCCGCUUCGCCAGCUGCAAGUAUUCGUCUUCCCUCAAAAGCCUCAGCAACAAGUUCAUGCACCUGACGAACUACAGCGUGAACAAGAAGAACUCCGAGUACCAGAGUAACAGCGAUGACAAGGCCUGUCAGGGGCACAAGUGGGCUUUGAAGGCCUUGUGGCACUAUCUUGGAUCCAGAGGCGUCAACACCAACCUGAUCUGGGAGAAGAUCAAAGACAUCGUCAUCAAAACCAUCAUCGCGGCGGACCCGUACGUGAACACGCUGGUGAAGAUGCACGUGCGCUCGCCCUACAGCUGCCACGAGCUCUUCGGCUUCGACAUCAUGCUGGACGAGCACCUCUGGCCCUGGCUCCUGGAGGUCAACAUCUCGCCCAGCCUGCACUCCAACACGGCGCUGGACGCCAGCAUCAAGGGCCAGAUGAUGCGGGACCUGAUGAACCUGGCGGGCUUCGUGCUGCCGCAGCGGGAGGAUCUGGUGCCCCUCAGGGGAGGCAGCCUGAGCAGCUCGGCCAGCAGUCUGGCAGGCGGGGACAGGGAGAAGUCGCGACACGGUGCAGACAUGCUGUUUGAUGAAAAGCUCAAGAGAGCACACUUCCUGAGCCAGUGCCAGCGCAGCGCAAAUCCGGCGUUCUACUCCACCGUGCUGGACGCGCUGACCCCGCGGGACGUGCGGGUGCUCAGGGAGACGGAGGACGAGCUGACCCGCCGGGGCCAUUUCGAGCGCGUCUUCCCCUCGGCCGUGUCCUCCCACUACCUGCGCUUCUUCGAACAGCCGCGCUACCUCAACAUCCUGCUCAACCAGUGGGAGGCCAAGUACUGCAACAACAGGGGCAAAGGGAUCAACCUGCUGAGGGGUCUGUGUCGGAGAGGAGUCCACCUGGGAAACGCCUCCGAUGCAGUGCACCCUACUCAGUGGCUGGUCUUGUCCGUCUCCAGCCAGAAGGUCGACUCCUGCAAUAGCCUCUCCAUAAAGGCCGAGCCAAUCAGGUCCAGUGUGGUGGUCAGUCUGACCCGGGGCUCCCAGCACGACGAGGAGGACCCCCCGUCGGCCGUCUCCAGCCCUCCCGACACGGGGGCCAGCACGCCCAUGGGCUGCUCCAGCCUGUCCAACGAGAGCCUGCCCACCGGAGACCUGUCCUGAGCCCCCCCCACCCCCACCCGCCUCUGUUUACACGCCUCGGCCUUCUGCAACGCGCACACACACUCAGGGUCUGCCAAAGGGUGUCAGCGAGGAGGCGGGCGGGGUGUUCUGUGUCCCCCCCCCCCUCCUCUGCCAUACGCAGUGCGUUCUCUCUCUUCCAUCUCCCCCCAUCCUCUCUCUCCAUCUCUCUCUCUCUCUCUGUUUCUCUUGUCUCUCACUCAACAACGAAUGCGAAAAGAGAGGGAGAAACCAUGAGAGAGGAGAGAAACCGUUUCUGGAUUGUAGACACAACAGAAAUCGCUGGCCAAGCGGAUGAGUGUGUAACAGUGGGAGGGGGACUGAUUGGCCAUCUGCCGGCCAAUCACGUGAGGGCCCUUGUUUGUGUACAGUAGUGCCAACCAAUCAGAUCCCUGGGUAAAGUGUGCUUACACCCCACCUGUAAGGUCGGCGCGAGUGCAUCCCUUUGGCUGGUCGUUUCCUACACAUCUGCAUAUUACAUGUGCAUUUCUGAACAGGAAUUAAAUGGUAAUGAUUGUUACAAAUAAAAAUCUAUUUUUAUCAUUUAAUUAAAGUAUCUCAGACUA